CCGGCCGAGGGGGCGGUCCCGGCGCGGCCGGAGGGAAUAAAAUCGCGGCCGGCCGCGCUCUCCCAGCGCUGGCUGCAGCAGAGCCGCGGGCGGAACCGGCAGCGAGGCCCGGCUGGUGGCUGCGCUGUGGGGGACGUUUCUCCGCUCGCCAUGGCCGCUCCCGCGGGGCGCAGAGCCCCCCUGGCGCUGGGGCUGGCCGGGCUGGUCUUCGCCCUGUGCGGCCUUGUCCUGCUCUUCGUCCUGCCCAGCAUGGUCCGGGACCAGGUCAUCAAGAACGUGAGGAUCGAUCCCAAUAGCAUCGCCUUCGGCAUGUGGAAAGACGUUCCUGUUCCUUUUUACCUGUCAGCCUACUUCUUUGAGGUGCUGAAUCCAAAAGAGAUUCGUCUAGGAGCCAAGCCAGUGGUGAAUCAGCGUGGGCCCUAUGUUUACAGAGAAUACAGGUAUAAAACCAAUAUAACUUUCCAUGACAAUGGUACAGUUUCCUUCCUGGAAUACCGGAGAUUUUUCUUCCGGCCAGACCUGUCUGAUGGGAUGGAAGAGGAUUACAUUGUUGUGCCAAACAUCCUUGUGAUGGGCGCAGCCAUUAUGAUGGAGAAGCUACCUCACUUUUUGAAGGUGUUAAUAAGUGGCGCACUGGCUGGCUUGGGACAGGACGCUUUUAUGAACCGAACUGUGGGAGAGAUCUUGUGGGGCUAUGACGACCCACUUAUAGACGUGCUGAACAAUUUUGUGCCCGGUUUGAUCCCUUUCAAGGGGAAGUUUGGCUUAUUUAUAGAUUUUAACAACUCGAAUACAGGACUGUUCACUGUGUAUACUGGGGCCACAGACAUCAAUCAGAUCCACAUAGUGGAUACAUGGAAUGGAUUAAAAAAGGUGAAUUACUGGCGCUCCAAUGAGUGUAACAUGAUCAAUGGGACUUCUGGAGAGAUGUGGCCUCCUUUCAUGACCCCUUCCUCUUCUCUAGAGUUUUAUAGUCCUGAUGCCUGUCGAUCCAUGAAGCUAGUGUAUGAGCAGUCUGGAGUAUUUAAAGGGGUGCCGACCUAUCGCUUUGUGGCUCCGAAGACUUUAUUUGCUAACGGAACAGAUUAUCCACCAAACGAAGGCUUCUGCCCCUGCAGGGAAUCUGGAAUCCAGAAUGUCAGCACCUGUAGAAUGAAUGCACCAGUGUUCAUAUCCCACCCACACUUCUACAAUGCUGAUCCUGUCUUGGUGGAAGCUGUCGAUGGAUUACAUCCCAAUAAGGAGCAGCAUGGGCUCUUCCUUGACGUUCAUCCGGUCACGGGAAUUCCAAUGAACUGCUCCAUCAAGCUGCAACUGAGUCUGUAUAUAAAGAAGGUCUCUGGCAUAAGUCAAACAGGACAGAUCAAGCCGGUUGUCUUGCCUAUACUUUGGUUUGCAGAGAGCGGGGCCAUUGAAGGUUCAGUCUUAAAGCAGUUCUACACCAACCUGGUACUGAUCCCAUCUGUGCUGGAGUAUGUGCAAUAUAUCUGCAUCGGUCUGGGUGUCGCUUUGAUUGUUGCUGCCAUUGUACUGGAGGUAAAGAGACAGAGAAACGCCCGAGAGAAGAGCCCCCAAGAGCCAGACCCACAGACUGAACCAUCUUUGUCUUCAGAAACAACACCACUCCUUCAAGACGCUAGUAAAACAAACCAGAACGAUGCUGCUGAAGCCUGAAGUGCCAGUCUUGCAGGAGGGGGAUUCCCACUGGUACCCGUGACGGUGCUUAGGGAUCAGACUCACUCUGGGUCCAUUGGCAGGAUCCUAGAAAGGAGAUGCAGAGUUGGAUAAAAUAACUGAUUCUGAACAAUCUUGAGUGAGGCACAAAAUAUUCUCCGAGGCUAUCUAACUGUAUUGCCACAGCUCAUACUUCCUGCACCAAGACACAAGAUGAGGCUAAAACCAGUUCAGUCUAGCUUUUGAAAUACAAAAUAUUCAACAUUUGUUGGCCUGGGGCUGGCAUGGCCUGAGACGUCUCACCUGCUACUUCCAGCCUGGCAGGGAUGAAGAAUACCUGCUGGCUAAUCCCCUGAAGAGCCCACAUAAUGUCUUUCCACCUAGAAAAUGAGAAUCCUAAAAGAAAUAGGCACUUUAAUAGCUAAUCCUGUAAAGCAAACAAGGUUUACAUGUGGUGUAGAAAUGACUGGUUUAAUAUAGGAAAAUGUCUGUUUUUAACAACCUGGGCUGCUCAAGGCUUAUGGAGAGGUGCUUACUAAAUAGAUCUACACUGGCUGAUGUUGACGCCGAUCUGGGGGGGAUGGGUUCACUUGCUCAAGUUCACUGAGUGAGUGGAAAUCCGUUCUCACAUGCCACACAUCUUAAGAGACGUAUGCUGCCAACUUUUUGAAUAGACCAGUAUUAGGCUAGGCAGCCAUGUACGGGUGUAAGAUUCAAGGUUGUGAUUGCGGUUUUGGAGGGGUGCUGCUCUAGACUGAAGGCUCAUUCAUCACUGCUUAAAGUGUAGUGGGUUUUUCCAAAAUGAGCAACUUGGUUUAUCUGGCUAGUUGGUUCCCAAGAGCCAUUGUUUAGACACAGGGCAGUGGCUCUCAUUUGAUUUUUGCCAAAGCAAUAUUGUUUAGCUCCCUGGUUAUCCUGCCUGUACUUCUGUGGUGCACUCAUGCAGAAGCCACUGACUUCUUUUAACUUGUAUGGUGACCACUUACUCUUUACAAGUCUUUAGUUUUUUCCCUGGAUUUCAAAUUAAUCGGAGCUCUUCUACCUACACAGAGCCAACCAGGUGCACUGCAUUGUUGACACAUGACCUCAGACUCUAAUAGAAUAAUGAGAAAUGUCUUUAAUCAUGACACUGUAAAAUGUCACCAUGGGUAAGAGCUAUUCCAGAGUCCCACUUAAGGAUGGGAACUGAAAAUUAGCUGGUAGAAUGGGAGGCAGGUCACACUCCAGCCAAGAAGAUCUGGGGGCUGUUUUGUAACAGCAGAGUGAAAAUAGUCAUUCUGUAGGUAACGUGUUCCCUGUCGCUUUCCACCCUGUAAAGCCUUUGCCACGUCAGGCAAUUCCAUAACUCUGUGGGUGGCUCUGAGGGCGCCUUAAAUGCUGCAGACCAGCAACAGCUGAAAUAUUCCCAAAUGGUAGGAAAACCACUCCUGUGGCUUAAGCUUUGCGUUGCGAGUAUUGAUGGCAGCAAAGGACUUUCCUAUGUGAAGCGCAGGGCUGCAUGUGCCACAGGCAAUGUAGGGCUUCCAGAGGAGUUGAGGAUUUCUUUUUACCAUGCAAAUUGCUAUUAACCGCUGUGCCCUAAGGCUGCUUGGAUCAGGGCUCUGAGAACCGACUCAGUGGGCUGGGGUCUUAGGGCUCUUGUGCUAGUGCUGGGCGUGCCCAGCAGGUAUGGUAUAUUGAGGGACAUGUAUCGAGACACUAGCUUAGAUCUUAGACUCUUGGCAAAUGACUCAAGGGGUCACACACACCCCACCUCCAAUCUCCAGCCAACUCUGCAUUCUGUCAAGCCAUAGCUGGACUUCCCUAGUGGAGCAAGUGUAUGGUAGGUUCCCUUUCUGGUGCUCUAUUGGGCUAUUACUCUUCUCUUCCCCCCCGCCCCCCACCUUUCUGUAGCUAAAGCUUUAAUACCAGUGAUGGCCGCGCCAGAAGCCUCCCUGGCAUAG